AAAAAUAAUAAUAAAAAUUAAAAAUUAGGGGCACUUGGGACUUCGGCAUUACCCAAGAUGGCGGCGGCCGCAGCGAGUCGAGGACUCGGGGCAAAGCUGGCCCUGCGAGAGAUUCGCAUCCACUUAUGUCAGCGAUCGCCCGGCAGCCAGGGCGUCAGGGACUUCAUUGAGAAACGCUAUGUGGAGCUGAAGAAGGCGAAUCCCGACCUACCCAUUCUAAUCCGCGAGUGCUCGGAUGUGCAGCCCAAACUCUGGGCCCGCUACGCAUUUGGCCAAGAGAAGAAUGUCUCUUUGAACAACUUCAGUGCUGAUGAGGUAACCAGAGCCCUGGAGAAUGUGCUAAGUGGUAAAGCCUGAAACCUCCACCGAGGAUUAAGGGCAACAGCCCCAGAGCCUGGGCUCUGAUGGACUUAGUGUAAUGUGAAAAAAAAUGUGUUCUCUUAUUCCAUAUAAAGCUUGUGCUGUAAAAUAAAAAAA